CUCCUCGUGAGAACUUCGGACUGUGUGUGCUUUCAUUGUGACUCGAGAAACGGACGAAGACGACCGAGGUAUGCUCUUUUAGCAGGAACGAGGGUUGAUUUCUGUUGUCAGAAGUAAAAAAAAGUUUCUACUGUGCUGAGUAGAAAGUUAUAGAUAGUGCGGAUAAUUUUAAAAAAGACGAUAACAACAGCCUACGUGCCGUGCAGGUGGGUACAGACGUUGUUGUUGUUGUUGAUCGGGACACCUAUCCCUAUCCAGACCUCGUCUCACCUGAGCUCGACAGGACACUCAGAAAUGUCCCUGGAAAGCUAUUCAGCGUUGGAUGAGCCCUCUCUCCGAGCUUUGCUGGAUGGAACUGUGGAUCUGGACGAGAGGCGCCGCAUCCGUUCAGCCAUCCGGGAGCUGAGGAGGAGGGAGAUUGAGGACAUGGAGGCAGCUCUGGCUAGCAAGAGAUUUCGACCCACACGCCUCAAUCAGCAGGAGGACAAGGAGAACCAGCACAGGUCAGAAUCCAACGAGAACUUGGAUGGGCUGAAACAGAAACUGCAAUCAAUCCGGGACAUCGACGAGCUUCAGCAAAUGCUCAACGCAGCCAGCGAGUUCAAGGAGAGGAGAAUGAUCCGAGCGGCCAUUCGGCAAAUUCAAGAGGAGCAGCAGCAGGUGGCCGUGGAGAGGGGGAAGACUUCUGGCUUGGAGCCUGAGGGUGUGCAGUCCCAGAGCAGCAUGGGAACUGGGGCAUGUAAAUAUCUUUCCUCGUCAGUCUGUGCUCAUUUCUUUCUGAGCGGAGAAUGGGAUGUGCCUGCCUCUGUGUUUACAUUUCAGGAGACCGAGAAGGAGAGCCGCAGUGAGCGUAUCCGAUCUCAGAUCUGGGAGUUAAGCAGCCAGCAGACACAACAAAACAGAGAGCAACAGAGAAUAGGUUCCAACUCAGGGAUGGUGUUGGUUCUGGAUCACCUGGUAAAGGAUGAUGGACCUCUGUUGAUCCAGCCUCAGCGAGAAGCUGUGACCAAGGAGGCUGACCUGGUUAUGUCUCACUGUCAGAGGUCAGACUCCUCCGAUCUUAGCGCAGCCUCGAUGCUUUCCAAGCCCAAUCUGGAUUCUGUGGCCUCAGAGAAAGGUCUGGGCUCAGCUUACAGAGCCCGGCUGGACUCCGGAGCCUCAGACAAGAGCCAGAGUUCCUCCCAGCGUGGUCGGCUGGACUCCGGGGCAUCAGACAGAAGCAUCAACUCCCAGUCCUGUGCCAGACAGAGACUGGGCUCAGAUGUCUCGGAUUCAUGCGUCAGACCCCGUCUGGGCUCCGAGACUUCAGACAGCAUCGGCCUGUUGUCAAGGAAGCGGACGGUCUCUGGCACAUCUGAUCAGAGUGCGAGCAUGUCCUCAGAGGAGCGGGCGCCAUCGGAGGAGGCGGCGGUAGCCAGGAGUGAAUCGACUUGCAGCACAGAUUCAGAAACUGACAGCAGAAGCCGAGGUUCAGCCGGCACCCAAGCUGAGUCUAACCAGGAGGAGCCUGAUGGGGCGGUUUUAUCUCGGAGAGAUCCCGUAAAUGGCCUGCUCAGCGGGAAAACUGACAUCCAGAGGCAAAAGAUAACUGUGGGCAGCGACCUGUCCCGCUCUUAUGGCAAAGCGAGGGAUUCUGCACCCGAGAAGAAAGCUGUUAUAUCGGAGCAGUUAAGUCGCAGCACCUCUGUUCGUGAUCGAAUGCGCAAGUUUGCAGAACUUGAACAGAGUUCAAAUGUCUCAUCUUUAAAGAAAACUCCUUUGAGGAAUGGUUCCUUCUCCAGCAGCACUGGCCAUGCAAAUGUCUCCAGAGCUACCGAGCUGUUUACACACUCAGCAGCAUCCCUCAGCACAUCUGGAGACAGGCCAGCACGGUCACGUGUGGGCUCUGCAUCUGCAUCCGUGAGUCAGGCCGCGCCUCAGCCAAGAGGCGUGGCUAACAAGUCUCUGUCUUCAGCUGACCAAUCGCAGAGCUCCAUGGGUGGGAUGGGACAUCCAGCUCAAAAAGAUGCGCACGCCUCCGAUAAGUCAAAGGAAGACGGGACCCCAGGGAUAGCAGCUGGAGAAAAGGUCAACCAGGGAGAGGCAGAUCCAGACAUGAAGACCUUCCUCACCAUUGAGAUCAAGGAUGGGCGCACCACCACUUCCUCCUCAUCAACCACCAGUAGAGGCAACAUUAUACCCAUCACCCACAUGACCCCACGCAUCACUCCUAAUGCCCUGGUGGGGCAAAGGCAAGAGUUGACCCUCGGCCUAAGAGCCACACCAUUUAAGAUCUCUUCCUCCAGCUUCUCCUCUGGACCCUCCAUCAAGAUGGAAACGGGGCCCGUCGUCGCUUCUGAGCCGGUGUUUUCCGCUGUCUCGUCUGUCCAGCGUCACGUCCCAGUCAUUCCCAAUGGCUCUGGCGCUCAGACCAAACCUGCUGAAUGCUCCGGGAAACUGACGGCUGAAAAGCUGGCUGCGAUCGAGGAUGAAGAGCUCCUUGACAAAAUGCUCGAUGAGUCAAAAGACUUUGAGGAGAGGAAGAUGAUCCGCGCAGCCAUGAGAGACCUCCGUAAAAGAAAGAGAGACCAGAGAGAAAAGGAGCGCGAAACCCGCCUGCAGGAGCUCCGGCAGCAGAGAGAAGACCGGGUGCAGAAAGGUCGUGCCGGGGUUGGAGCGGGAGAGGUGGUCACGAGCAAGGUGGAGAAGUCGGCAGAUGGGUCAGCCGUCGGCCAAAUCACCAAAACGAACCGCUUUGCUCAGUCUGAUGAUGGGAGCAAAUCAACACGCAGUACUAUUGUCGAGUCCAGUUAUGUGCAGAAAACAGACAGAGGGACAGUCCAGUCAAAAUCAUUCAGCUUCACCUCUUCCACCUCCACUAACACGAGCAAAAAAAUAGGAAGUGUGUUCGACCGCGAGGAUGACGCGUCGUCGCGAAGCGGCAGCGGCGGGUUGGCCGCCAUCGAGCGAAGGCAGGCGGAGAGGCGCAAGGAGCUGAUGAGGGCUCAGACGCUGCCGAAGACAUCGGCCAUGCAGGCCCGCAAAGCCAUGAUAGAGAAGCUGGAGAAGGAGGGAGGCGGCCCUGGAAAUCAGGCGGUGGCCAAGGUAAACAAAGUCCAGCGCUCCACCAGCUUUGGCGUACCCAAUGCAAACUCCAUCAAGCAGAUGCUCCUCGACUGGUGUCGUGCCAAGACCCGCUCAUAUGAGCAUGUGGAUAUUCAGAAUUUUUCAUCCAGCUGGAGUGACGGCAUGGCGUUCUGUGCCCUGGUGCACAAUUUCUUCCCCGAAGCCUUUGACUACAACUCCCUGAGCCCGAGCAACCGCAGGCAAAACUUUGAGGUGGCCUUUAGCGCUGCAGAGACCCACGCCAGAUGCAUGCCUUUGCUGGAGGUGGAAGACAUGAUGAUCAUGGGUAACAAACCAGACUCCAAAUGCGUCUUCACCUACGUGCAGUCUCUGGUCAACCACCUGCGCAGAUACGAGAUGUCCAUGGGUCGGCCCUGUGACCUCUGACCUGUUUUCACCUGAUGAUGGCCUCCACUCUGACAGGCUGGGUCGAACAGUUGCACAUCUCUGAUGGUCGGCUUGGGGAUUGUAAGCGUGUGUGCGUGUGUAUGUAUCAGUUAAAAUCAGCGUAAAAUAUCUUCCGGCAGUGAUAAUGUGUGUUGCUUAUUCUGGACACACACACUGUCGACACAAAAGUCUACCGUUCUCCAGUAAGAGAUCAGCAGCAGCAUGAUUCUUAAAAAGACCCCUUUGGUUUAAAAACUCCAAGUAAUAUUCAACAGGCAGUAGUUUGAUCACAUUGCUGUUGUACUAAGAAACGCCUCAAGAGGGAAAAAAGAAAAAUAGUUUUCUAGUAUUUCCAGUUUUUAAAGUAUUUGCACAUGCGUUUUUCUCUGCUACACUUUUGUAAGUACUGUAAUGUAUUUGCACUUCUCUCAGUAAUCCCACUGAAAAAGAAAAAAACGUAUCCGACCAAACGAUCCAUUAUUUCUAUUCAAUUUUGGUACUUUUACUUUUUUUUUUUUUUUUUACCAAACUCAUGUUGCUUGAAGUGUUUUAAUUAAGUUAUUUUCUUUUUGAUGUAAUUGAUGAGUAUAAUGAUUCUUAUUACAUGAGCACAGGGAUUUUCUGCCUUUGUUAUUCAAAUGGAUUCAACAUCGUUGCUGUAAUCUCACUUUUCUGAAGUCCAAACAGCUACUGAGGAUAUUUACUGGACAUUUGAUCCAUCCUGUAUGACCACACCACCAUCAUCAUCAUCACCAUCACCAUCAUAUAAGUAUGGAUUAAAGGUGCUAGCUGUUAAACUGAGGUUUGGAUUUUUUUGUAUUUCGGUACAAAGAAGUCAUUCAGCUGAUUUGUGUCAUUACUGGCUGUUUGGUGGACAGCAUACGUGCAGAAGACCACACAGUCGUCUCCCCCCCCCCCACACACACACACACCUCCCACCACCGCUGCAUUGCCCUGCCACACACAUUCUCACACAGCUCUGUUAGAGGGCUCCUUAUUUAUGCUUGAGUAGUUUUUAAUACGGUUAACGCUGGUGUGUACAUCAUGCUUUUAAAAGGUUUUGUCGAUAAGCUUAAGAUGCCACAAUGUUAUAUUUUCUUGUGUGAAAGCCGGCUUUCAGUACAAACAUGAGGAUUCAUGACUGAUAACCAGCCAACUGUAUAGUUAACUAAAUGUAGCUAAGAGGAAAAGGGACAAAAAAUAAUUUUAAAUGAAUAUUUUAUUUCACUUGUACAAAAUUUGGGUUUCUACGAGAAGAAAAUUUGGUUUCAGAGUUGAUUUAAAAGAAGCUUAUUUCUUAGAUUUCAGAGAUUAUUUGAGAACUAUCUGCUGCCGACAGAAAAAAAGCUUUCAUGAAGCAGUGGAGUAUUGUAUGUGUGUCCGUGUGUGUGUGUGUGUAUAUAUAUAUGAGAGCUAAAACACAUUAUUUCAUUUUUCUGUGCACCACAGUUAAAUGUGAAAUAAACCAAUUUGAGAAACAAA